AGUUACCACAUCCAGUCAAUUCAAAUUGAACCAUUAAUCAUGUCCCACCUCCAAUACUUCAACUACAAAGGCGUCGGCGAACGCAACCGCAAGAACUUCAAGUACAGCCAGGCCGUGCGCAUCGGCGACCGCAUCGAGUGCGCCGGACAGGGCGGCUGGAACAGAGAAACCGGCGAAUUCUACAAAGAAAUCAACGCGCAGAUCGACCAGGCCUUCGACAAUGUCGAGCACAACCUGCGCGACGCCGGCGGGGAGGGCUGGGGCCAGGUCUUCCGGGUGAAUUCGUACCAUGUGCCUAUUAAUGACGAGGCCCUUGCGGCCAUGGUGAGGAAUUUUCAUAAGUAUUGUCCCGGUCAUGAGCCGAUUUGGACUUGUGUUGGUGUUACCAGGUUGGGUGAGGAUGAUAUGAGGGUUGAGAUUGAGGUUGUGGCACAUGUGCCUAAUUAGAUGUAAAUAAAACGGAAAUAGGAGGGGAUUGUAUCUACUCAGAGAUUUAAUCUGGAAGAGUCUUGUUGUCGUCGG